UCGGGCUGGGCGGCGGCUCCGCGAUCUCCGCCGCGAUGCUGCCGCUGCUCCGCCGCGCUUGGGCGGCCGCCGUCACCUCCUCGUCCUCUUCCUCCUGCUCCUCCCGGCCGGGCAGCCGCCGGUGCAGCCUCGGCGCCUGCUGCUCCUACCGCCUGCGAGACGCGCUGCAUCCGCUGUGGCAGAGCCCGCUGACAAUUCCCGGGGGCACCCGCCAGUCUCCCAUCAACAUCCAGUGGAGGGACAGUGUUUAUGAUCCCUUCCUGAAGCCUCUGAAAAUCAGCUACGACCCCACCACCUGUCUGCACAUCUGGAACAAUGGCUACUCCUUCCUGGUGGAGUUUGAUGAUUCUGCUGAUAGAUCAAUCAUCGUUGGAGGCCCCUUGAAAAACCAGUACAGGCUAAAGCAGUUCCACUUCCACUGGGGAGCUGUCAAUGACUGGGGCUCAGAGCACACAGUUGACUGUAAAUUUUACCCAGCAGAGCUGCACUUGGUGCACUGGAAUGCUGUGGAGUACCCGAGUUUUGAGGAAGCUGUGAUGGAAGGGAAUGGCCUGGCUGUUAUUGGAGUGUUCUUAAAGCUGGGAGCACGGCACGAGGGGCUGCAGACCCUGGUGGAUGCCCUGCCAGCAGUCAGACACAAGGACACUGUGAUCGAGUUUGAUGUCUUUGAUCCCUCGUGCUUGCUCCCUUCCUGCCCUGAUUACUGGACCUACGCUGGCUCCCUGACCACUCCUCCCCUCACUGAGUCAGUCACGUGGAUCAUUAAGAAGAAGCCAAUCGAGGUGGAUGAGGAUCAGCUGGAGGCCUUCAGGACGCUGCUGUUCUCGUCGCACGGGGAGGAGGAGAGGAGGAUGGUGGACAACUUCCGCCCGCUGCAGCCGCUGAUGGACCGCACCGUGCGCUCGUCCUUCCGCCCCCAGCUCAGCCCAUAGCAGCACCCCAGCAGCUCCCCUGCCAUCCAGCCCUUCCCUGACUGCCCCCAGGAAAGCUCUGGGGGGUUUUAGUUUUGAUUUUUUUUUUUUAAGAAGUGAUAUUAACUCUUGUUCUAAGGCAGGGGUCGAGAAGGGAUUAUUAAGGCAGUUAAAGAUAAGGACAGGAGAGAUCCUCCCCUGCUCCUUCUCUGGAUUGUUCUGUGGUUCUUCAAAUGCUCUUUCAGUGCCUUGCAUGAAUUAGUAAUCCUGGGUAAAAAUUCUUAAAGAAAGAGGAUGUGGGAAGCAAAGAAAAGUAUCAGGACUGAUCAGGUCCUUUUAGGGAAUUAUUUGAUGUCUGGGAAGAGAGCUGGAAGGGAACUAGGCUGUCUCAGAGACAUUUUAUCUUCUUCCUUUCUCCUUGGGUGAGAGGAGAAGGACAAAAAUGACUUCCAGGAUCUCUUUCCAUUCUGUUGGCUGCACAUUCCAUGUUUGAUGUGGGUGCCACAGAAUCCCAUUGUAAUGACACCAGGAGCCAGAAGAUGUUUUCCAAAACAUUUUAACAACUGUAGAAGCUUUGGCAGCUUUUGUUUUCCCCUGUUAAUAAUCUAUCAGGAGAAGGGAAUUCAAUAGUGUCUCAAGACUGGCAAGAACAGCAGAUUAGGUGAAAAUGUCCAAUUGAUCCCAGGAAACUGAUCACAUCAACAGAAGGCAAGAUUAGAUAAAGCCCAGCUGACCCUCCCAGUGGGAUUAGGAGGGCAAAAACCCAAACCAUUCCUCAAAGCAGUGCCAGGACAGUGUGGACAAAACACAGCACUGAGAAAGGGUUUUAUUUCAGUAACUCAGAGCACCAGAGCUCUCUUCAGUUUUGCCUUGAGAUGAAUUUUCCUAUAAAAACACUCACCCAGCCUCAGGACCAGUGGGGACCAGUUUGUUUUUAUUGCACCUUAUGGUAACAAGGUCCAGUGGGGUGGGAAUUGAUUUGUGGACCAAGCAGAGCUGCUGUGUGAGCUGCCAGCUCUGAGCCCUUCCCAGGAGCUGUGACCCAGCAGCCCCAUGGAUCACUGACCUCUCACAUCCCACUAAACCUAAUUUGCUCUCGGGCACUUUUCUCUCUGGCCUGUAUGCUCUGCUGUAUUUAGCAGAUUAAAUUCCUGCACCAGAUUUCUGAUGAGGAGCAGCUCUGUCUGUGUCAUCUCCAUGGGUUGUGUUUCAGGAAUCUUUUCAGGAAUCUUUCCUCCCUCUGUUUGAUUCCUGAUGGGAUUCAGUGAAGCCACAACCUGGCUUGGCAAUGCUAAAUCCAGCUUUCUAAUUGGUACUUUGGUUUUUUUUGAAGUCCAAGAAUUGAUGUCAAAGCACCUUAAUGCUUUUCAGUGUGACCUGAUG